AUGGAUCCUCAGGCUGGCCCAUACCUCAACAAAAGGGCGCUGUGCUCUCCUCUGGGUGCUGCCCGUGUGUGUCAGCUGGCUCUGGGCUGUGCUGUGAUUGCCCUGAUCGCACACGGAGCAGGGUACAGCGGCUCGCACGGGGAGUUCUGUAUGGCUGCCUGGUGCUUCUGUUUCUCCAUGACAGUAGUGGUCUUCUUCUUGGAUGCCACUCGUCUCCACAGUUGUCUGCCCAUCUCCUGGGAGGACUUCACGGUGACAUGUGCGGCCUUUGCUACACUCAUGUAUGUAACAGCCUCUGUGGUCUACCCGCUCUUCUUCGUCCGCUCCGAGUGCCCCUAUGAAGGCUGCCAUAUCCGGGACUUUCGGAUUGCUGUCACAGUGUGUUCAAUCUUGUGUGCUGUGUCCUAUGGGGCAGAAGUGGCCUUGUGCCGAGCCAAGCCAGGCCAGGCUGUGGUGGGAUACAUGGCUACUGUCUCCGGCCUUCUCAAAGUGGUCCAGGGAUUUGUCGCCUGUAUUAUUUUCGGUGCUCUGGCCAACAAGAGUGAAUAUGCCCGAUAUGAAGCCACUAUAUACUGUGUGGUGGUGUAUUCUUUCUGCUUUGCCCUCACAGCUGUGGUGGUCUUGCUGACGGUGUGUGGCAGGACUAAGGCUGUUCUAUGCAUGUCUUUUGAGCGCUUCGUUGUGGUCUGCACACUGCUGGAGGUGUUGUUGUACUUGAGUGCAUCAGUGGUGUGGCCUGUUUUCUGUUUUGAACCUAAAUACGGGUCUCCAGAGCGGCCGUACCACUGCCCCCGGGGCAAGUGUCCGUGGGAUAGUAAGCUGGUGGUGGCUGUCUUCUCUUUUGUCAACCUGAUUCUCUAUGGGGCAGACCUCCUCUACUCUCAGACCAUGCGCUUUGUGUCCACACGUUUCCCCACAGCUCCAAGGGUCUAA